UAGUGGUAGAUGUGCGAAUGCGGAUAAUCGUGUGCUAAAGAGGACUUUAAUUUGUCGAUUAAUAGAAAAUAUACGAUUGUAGAUUAAAACGCCACGUAAUGAAACCUUUGAUGUUGCAUGGGCACGAGCGUGCCAUCACCAAAAUAAAGUAUAACAGAGAAGGAGAUCUAUUGUUCUCCGCUAGUAAGGACAAGCAACCCAAUGUUUGGUACUCGUUGAAUGGAGAGCGUCUUGGUACUUUUAAUGGACACAAUGGUUCCGUAUGGUGCAUUGAUGUCAAUUGGGAUACCACGCGGUUGUUAUCUGGCAGCGGUGACAAUACUCUGAGAGUCUGGGAUUGUGAAACUGGCAAGGAAAUAGGACAACUGCACACAAACAGUUCUGUAAGAGCGUGUGGCUUCAGUUAUUCUGCAAAUCUCGCAGUAUUCUCCACUGAUAAGGCUUUAGGUCACCAGUGCGAGAUGUUUAUUAUGGAUGUACGAAAUGUUGAUUCUACGUUAUCGCAGGAAGAUGCGAUCUCUAGAAUUUCGGUCAAUGGUCCUAGAAUUUCUGCCAUAUUAUGGGGAGCCCUUGAUGAAACCAUUAUCACGGGUCACGAAGAUGGUGAAAUUAAACUUUGGGAUGUGAGAACAGGAAAAAAGCUGUCUAGUGUUAAAGGUCAUAAAUCUCAGAUAAAUGAUAUGCAAUGCAACAAGGAUGGCACCAUGUUUGUAACUGCAUCCAAGGAUCACACGGCAAAACUUUUCGACAGCGAGUCUUUAGUGCUAUUGAAGACUUACAAGACAGAAAGACCUGUAAACUCGGCUACGAUAUCACCAAUUUUUGAUCAUGUGGUUCUUGGCGGUGGUCAAGAUGCCAUGGAUGUCACCACAACAUCUGCACGACAAGGCAAAUUCGACUCACGAUUCUUUCACUUAGUAUUUGAAGAAGAAUUUGCACGUUUGAAAGGACACUUUGGACCCAUUAACUCUCUCGCUUUUCAUCCUAAUGGUCGCAGCUACUCUACAGGCGGAGAAGACGGAUAUAUGCGCAUUAAUAAUUUUGAUCAAUCUUAUUUCGACUUUCAUUUCGAAUAUUAAAUUUGUCAAGAGAUAUAUGUAUAUUAUAAUAUUAAAUAU